AUGCUGAAAGUCACCAUGCCCUCCUCCUCGUCGUCCUCCUCGUCGUCGUCCUCCUCCUCCUCCUCGGGCUCCGCGGCCGCCGGCCGCCCCGGGGGCGCCGCGCCCGACUACUGGAUCGACGGCUCCAACAAGGACACCCUGGCCCACUACUUCGAGCUGGAGUCCGAGCUGGGACGUGGGGCUACAUCCAUUGUCUACAGAUGCAGGCAGAAAGGGACCCAGAAACCUUACGCCGUCAAAAUGUUGAAGAAGACAGUAGACAAGAAAAUUGUCCGCACAGAAAUUGGAGUGCUUCUUCGCCUUUCACAUCCCAACAUUAUAAAACUGAAGGAGAUAUUUGAGACCCCUACAGAAAUCAGUCUUGUUCUGGAAUUGGUUACAGGUGGAGAACUAUUUGACAGGAUUGUGGAAAAGGGUUAUUACAGUGAACGAGAUGCUGCUGAUGCUGUUAAACAAAUCCUGGAGGCAGUUGCUUACCUGCAUGCAAAUGGAAUUGUGCACCGUGACUUGAAGCCAGAAAAUCUACUCUAUGCAACACCAGCACCAGAUGCACCACUGAAAAUUGCUGAUUUUGGACUUUCCAAGAUUGUAGAAGAUCAGGUGACCAUGAAGACAGUGUGUGGAACUCCAGGGUACUGUGCACCAGAGAUACUACGAGGAUGUGCCUAUGGCCCUGAGGUGGACAUGUGGUCUCUGGGGAUUAUCACCUACAUCCUACUCUGUGGCUUUGAACCGUUUUAUGACGAAAGGGGAGAUCAGUACAUGUUUAAGAGAAUCCUGAACUGUGAAUAUGACUUUGUGUCCCCCUGGUGGGAUGAUGUGUCUCUGAAUGCCAAGGAUUUAGUUAAAAAGUUAAUUGUUUUAGACCCCAAGAAACGUCUCACAACUCUACAGGCUUUGCAGCACCCAUGGGUCACAGGAAAGGCAGCAAAUUUUGCACAUAUGGACAAUGCACAAAAGAAACUUCAAGAAUUCAAUGCCCGGCGUAAACUUAAGGCUGCAGUAAAAGCUGUUGUGGCAUCGACUCGCCUUGGCAGCGCCAGCAGUCACAGCACUCAUGACAGCAACAAGCCCAGCCGUAACCCAUCUCCUGUCCAUGACGGCAAACCUGAAGAGAAACCCACUCAGGAAGCAGAAGCAGCUCCAGAAGAAAUGUCUUAGGUCAAUGCGCUUCCUUGUUUCCGCUGAGAUCUGUCAUUUCAUACACCAGCUAACUUGUCAUUCAGCAAGAGAGAUUUGUAAGCUUGGCCUCUCUGGUUCUGCUUUGGGGUGCCAAAUGCACUGGCUGGUGAUUCUACCUUCAAUGCAUGUGACUGCUUAUGAAAAUAGUAAACUGUUCCAUAAGGCAUGUCAUGGAAACAGUGUUAUUUGCAGUAAUACUGGCAGGUGAAAACAUGGGAAUGAGUAACUACCUACCAUAAUGCGUAUACUCCAUAUACAUCUAUACAGUGUUUCUAGAUGGCGUUUGAAACAAAUACUAUUUAAUUCAGUUUUACGGAAGUAGGUGUCUUCUGUAUGUCAUGACUUUCUUUGAACUGCUUCCUUCCAGAUUCAUAGUCCUGCAGUAGACAAAAUGGAAGGAAAUACCAAACAAAUAGCUUUUAAAAAUAAUGUAUGAAAUAAUGCUUUUUACCUGUAAAGUUAAAAAAAAAAAAAAAAAAAAAAAAAAGUGUUUGGGGAUUUAUAUGCAAGAAACAUUCCACUACUUCUGGGAAGACAUUGAAAUGUUAGUUCCACUGGGCAUGAAAACGUACAUUCCUCAAGCUUGUUUUGAGAAUGCCUUACUCUGACUUUUCCUGUUUAUAUACGGCAUUUUAAUGACAACCAAAAUUACUCAGACUUCUGCUAUCUCAUUCUCUAGUAAACUGUUAGCCAAACGAAAUGACAGAAGAAUAGGGGAUUAGAGUAAAUGCAAAUUUUUUGAAUGCCGUUGUAUUUACUCAUGUAUUUCUAAACUGUGCAGCUAGAAAACAUUUUUAUAGGGCCUAAGGGAAUAAUCUGCAAUUACACAAGUUUUGAAUGCUUGAGGGAAGCUAUUCCACAACAUGAUGGUUUUGCUCUGGAGAAACACUCUUAUACAAUGUCUGGGAGACAGUAGUGUAAUCUGGCUGCUUCCUAGAUAGUUUAACCUCAUGUUUAACCGUCUCACUCAUCAGCGCAGUUAGCUCAGAUUUUCCCGACAAAGGGCCCCUCCCGCAAAAUGAUCCACCAGCACAGAUCUUGCAUCCACCUAAAGCUCCUGUGUCUGAAGUUAGAAGCCAUGUGCAUGGAUCAGCUUGUGAAAUUAGGAUCAGGCUCUUCAGCUGUCUUGGUCUUUUUUUUUUUUUUUUUUUUGAAUGUGAUCGAUAGGAACUGAGAAACUAUCAAGAAUCAGUAUGUAUGACCGUUUACACUUCUUUGUUAUCACUUUGAUAGCAUGGGGAUUUCAUAAUGUUAUUGAUGUGUUACAGAAACUGCAAAAAGAAUCUGAUGUACAACAAUGUUGUUUGUGUUUGUUAAACUUUUAAUGACAAUAGCCACCUAAAACCCUUACAGGCUCACAAUUCCUCUUUUGCUUUGUUUUUAUUUUAAGUUAGGCUUUGCACAACUAGCCCUCAAAAACAUAUUGGCUACCAAAAAUAGUCACUGAUAAAAUAUUCAAAUAUUCAGUAGUUAUGUUUCCUGAUGAUAUUAAAAUAAAAGGUAGAAGAAUGUUACUCACAUGGUAGGUUUUCUAAAUAAAAUGUAAUUUAGAUUAACACAAGAAGGAAGAGAUAAGAUACUGUCUUUACUAGGUACGAAUGCAUGCUAAUGAAUGUAUGGCACUUGAUAUGUUUUCCCAUUUCCAUUUCUUAAAACUCUUUGAACUUUUACAAAAAGAUUUGCUAACUGAGUGAGGUUGAAAUUUAAAGUACACACAUCCAGCCUUUCCCUAGGUGGUGGCACACUUUGAGGCGGUACAGGGCCAUCAGCUGGAGAGGCUGGCCAGGGCCAGGCAGCUGUUAAAGCCGUGCUGAGGACCCUGAUUUUACUGUUCUCACUGUGAGCAGGGCAACAAGACACACAUGCAGAUUUUCCCUUGGAAAAAUAAUAAUAAUAAUAAUAAUAAAAAUCGGUAGGAAUAACCACUUUGGAGAAGGUGAUGGGUUCAUCCACUUGCCUUGCUUUCUACUGUCUUUCUUAUCUCCUGCAAAGGAACUGCAGGACUAACGCAUUUCUCAGCCAAAGGUCUCCUCCCUCACUUACAGCCUUGCAGGCAUCCAAGUUGGGUCAGUGAGGGGGGUUAGAUUUUUGUAAUGUUUCAUCCUUCAGUGGGGAUAGUUGCUUCUGAUCUACAAAAGUCAUUGCACACCUAUCAGUGCUUGAGCAGAAAUAUCUUCAUCUGAAGCAUGGUGUGUCUGAGAUGAAAAGUAAUAUAGUCCUAGCUGAGUCUUAAAUGUAUGUGCUGCUAAAUUACACCGUGGUGUAUCGUAACUAUGAACCAGCUCCAUGCAACUAGAGACUGCUCUGUGAAAGCAUGAUCUUGGUGGCAGCUCAGGCUUGCGCAUGAAGGCUCUGGGGCUUAAAAUGGUUUUGCUUAGUUUUCUUUCAUUAUGUUCACUUUGAAACAAUCAGGAUGUCUGUGCUGAAGGAAUUACCAAUAUGUGACUCAGGAAAAUAGCAUGCCUGGUAUGACAACACUGUGCAGAAGGAACAGCAUCACCAGGGUGUAUGCACUUAACCUAAGAAGGGACUGUUAUGUGCAUUGGUUUAGCCUGGAAAAUCACACCCCAUAAUUCAGAACUGGGAGUGCAAUGCCAGUGCUGUGUGUUACUGUGGAUAAAAAAUACAAACACACCCUAAAGCUAUUGGAGGCAGGCCCGUUCUACAUCUGUAGUUAUAAACUAGGUAAAAAACUAAUAAUGUUCUUUUCUGUUGAAACCCUAAGCUCUAAAUUUUUAAAGCGCUCAGUGCAUCAGCAGAGUUACUCAGGUACAAAAUGGAGAACCUUGCCAUCUUCCCGAAAUGUCUGAGCUUAGCAAAACUUUUCCUCUAGAUGGAGAUUGUAGUAUUAGAUGAUUAGAAGCUAAAAUUUGAGAGUUAGACUGAGGAGCUGACAGCUGUUAAGCUGACAGUGAUUUCCUCCUGCCUUUGCACAAGAAGAGGGUUUUCUACAAGUUCAGAAAGAUUCACUCUGAAAUGUUAACAGAUUCCCUAUCAUUUAGAAUACUUUGUGAUUUUGCUGAUGACAGUAAAUUGCACUGCAUCCGCCCAGUGCUGUCUUGUUAGCUGGAGUUUGUAUUUGGUGUUGUGCAAGUGUUCUGUAAAGCUGCAGGCACACCAUAAUCAAACUUCUGAAUGCAAAAGGCCAUAAGAGCAGAAGUUUGAUCCAACAUGCCCUUGAGAAGACGGUCAAUAACAGCUCAGUCCCUGCAAGUGAGCUGGCUGUCGGGCAUGUGAAGGUGAGUGACAAAAGCUGCUGAGCAUCCCCUUUGUGAGGACCCCUGCCUUGGUGAAUAAAGCAAAGUGUUGUGAAAAGCCAUGUGGUGCUAGAGUGGGAUGAAUAUGGCAACCAAAAUGUUUUGGGAAGGGCCUUAGGCUAGCAGGAGCAGGCAGUCACAGGCUGGAGAGUGCUGCGGCUCAGCAUUUGUUGGGUAAGGAUCUGUCUCCUGCCGCUCCUGCUGCCAGUGAGGCAUGGAUGCGGCUGGAAGUCACAGGAAAGCGAGGACAUUUCCACAGUUAUCACAGAAUCACAGAACCAUUUCCAUGUUGGAAAAGACUUCUACGAUCACCUAGUCCAACCUAGCACUGACAAGUCUGCCACUAAACCAAGUUUCUAAAUUCUUACAUCUACAUGUUUCUUGAAGACCUCCAGGGAUGUGCCCUGGGCAGCCUGUUCCAGUGCUGCACAACUCUUUCAGUAAAGACAUUUGUCCAGCAGGGAGAGAGAAGAAGGUGUUAAGAGCUGUCAGUGUCCCACUUAGUGGAUGGAUAGCAGUAUUUGCUAAGCAGCAAGUACAGGAGGACUCUAGGAAAUACACACAUUUCCAAACGAGUGGUGACUGCCCCUCAGCUCCUGCGCAUGUCCUGGGCAUGCUGUUGGCAGAGUCCUGCCAUGCAGCCCUCUGUUCUUUCAAGAGAAUCAUGUGGGUAUAUGGGUGGAGGACUCGCAGCAGAUCCUUGCACAGUGCCCUGUGUAUUGCCUGCUUCCAGAGGGACGGACACUCGCAAGCCAGCACAGUGCCCUGGCUCCUGGUUUAUGCAAACAUUAUGUGUAUUUCUUGGUAAAUAAUUCAGUUUUGUGUGGCUGACUCCACUUGUUGCUGCUCAGGUAACUGGAGUGCAGUGUAUGUAGGUAUGGUAUUGAAGUAAUAAACAUGCCUCUGUAUACGGGAGCAAUGUAGGAAUGCUGCUGACCAAGCAGGAUGCACAGCUGAACCUAGAGCACAGUGGCAGUGAUACAAGAAGGUCCUGAAGAUACCAGAGGUAACCAAGAGACAGCCCAGAACAUCCUUAAAGCUACUUUACAAAAAAAUAAUAGCUCAUAGAAUGUCCUUUCCUCCCCUUUAGAGUGAUUCUGGUUAGAUCAUACAACCACAGUGGUGAAAGAUAACUCUGCUGUUGUAUAAAGAAUAUUUGUUUCCCAGCUAAGCCCCUACACAAUACUGCAUUGUAUUGAACAAAAGUCAUUAGACAUGUUAGAAAAUAAGAAUUGUGAUAAGAAUCUAAGAAGAGAAAAAUAGGAAUUCAAUGAAGAUCAUUGGAGGCUCAUUACAAACAUGGAGUGUAACCUUUGCAACAUGAAUCCUCUAACGUACAUGUAUACAAUUAAAAAUUCUGCAAAACAACAACAAGGAAAACCUGCUUUGCAUGACCUUCAUCCCCUCCAGAGUGGAACAGAGAACAAAAACACAGUCAUUGUGGGAAGGCAUUCAGAUCUUGUUGGGAUGGGCAUAGCACAUAGCAGGAACAGAAUGAAAUAGUCACAGUGGCCCAAUUCUGAACUUAUCAAGAGAAUUAAACUUUAUAGGUUUAUAUAUAAAAAUAUAUACAUACAUGUGCACGCAUGCACUCACAACUGUAAAUUUAUUGAAAGAGGCAGAGACUGCCAAAGAGUCCUUGAGACCCAUGUCUGCAUUAGCAGUUGCAGUAACUUUCCAAGUCAUCUUCUGCCAUUUGCCAGCAUUGCUCAGCUGGAACUGAAACCAUAGUGUUUCACAUAGCUAUAUACAUGGACCAUGUCUGGAUGAAAUUCAGAGUAAUGGACAUCAAGGUAUGAAAGAUUAAUAAAUACAGCGGAACAGUUUUCCGCAGCUCUGGCCCCUGAGUCCAAGAGUCAUCUGGGAAAAGAGUGUCCUCAUCCCUUCACAAGCUGAGGACACAGGGUGAAGUGGGAUGACAACACCAGCACAGCAUUUUGUGGGUGAGAGCUGCCCUGAACAGCUCCAGAAGACCCUGCCCGGCUGUGCUCCAUCCACAGCACAUCUGAGCAGGAACUGAGAAUCUAACCCUUAACUUGUACACCAGGAAGACAUUUACUGUCCAAAGGGCAUUAAGCACCAUGUGUUUGCUGCUAUUACAUUGCAGAGAGGUCCUCCUGUAAUGAAAAGCAGCCACUGCUUUUUUUCUGCGUGCCUGAGAUGCAGCACUGUGGAGUGUUAUAUGCUGAUACGUGGAGAGCAAAGCUUAUAAGAAAAGGUUCUUGUGUGUUCUUCCACUAGAAACCCUGGUUUCACUUGUCAAGUUUUGGACUUGCUGUCCUGACAAACCUGCCAUGGCCCUUGGGUCUGCCAGGUGGUUUCACUCUUCUUCUUUCAGUUGAUGGUACUCCAAAAGGUCUGGGUGCACUGCUGAAGUAGGAGCGCAUUCCCAUAUGAGCUGUCCUUGGUGUGAUCACUCAUUGCCAGUCAGUACCCAGGUGGGGUGCGGGUGGUGUCUCCUCUUCUUCUCCAUUUCCUGGAGUCACGCUGUUUUCUGGUGCCUUCUGUUUCCUUUCUCAGGAGCAGAUACCUGGCUGACAGAAAUAGCACAAGGCUGUCCAACAAAUGCCAGAGCCAUCAAAGAAUUCAGCAACUUGUGUUAGUUUCUAAACAGAAGAGAAAGGCGCCUGGUUUGCCUCAGGUGGUUUGAGGCUGCCAGAUGGUAACACUGAGGGAGCAAGGGGCUCAGAGCACAGUGACACGAGAACAACAGCAGGCCAGGUGCUGCUCCUGAGCACCAGGAGCCUGCUUCAUCAACUGCAUCUUCCUCCUUCCACGGAGAAGGUGUGGCUUCAGCCAUCCCAAAGAAACACAUACUCAGGAACUGAAAAAAAUCACAUGUGCUAUGAGCAACAUUCUUCUUAAUAUCAUGUACGUAAUAUCAGUUGAUGUACAUGUAAUGGUGUUCGAUUUUAUGCAGAAUUGCCACUUAGAAGUGUUCUCAGAAGAAACAGCAAAGUCAGUUUGUAACACUUGGUCCUCAUUGUUUAUAAAUAAUACAACACUUUAGAAUCAAUCCUACAUAUGUACACAUGGGGAAAGUCAAUCAAACGGAGAGAACAAAAUCUAAUUCUUAUCCCUAUUUGGGGUGGAUCUGAGAUGGCUCUCCUAAGUGAAAUUAGUGUGUCUUAGACUUCAGGCAGUUAUUGUGGUAGCUCAAAAGGUGAGGCAAGCCCUUGGGUAUGGUUUACAGCUGCAAAGGGCAUGUGAUCUCUCCCAGAGACAAUAUGCUCCAGUAGCCACUGAGUCGUUUUUAUUCAUCCACAGAACCAUGCACAGAGCUCUGCUUUAUCAUAUCAGCCCUUGGUACCAUCUGACAUGUCCUUGAGAGCUAAUACUUCCAGGAAAUAAAAUAAUAAAUAAAUAAAUAAAUAAAGCAGCUUUUUUUUGUUAGCCGUCUGAGAAAUUUAAAACAGAUGUGUACAAAGUCAACAGUCAGUAGUUCAUUCACAUCACCUUAACAGUGCUGCCCCGUGAGAGCCUGUUUUCUGACCCCUUCCAAAGCAAUAGUCUUGGGCUGCGUUGAGGCAAUGUUGUUUCAAUCCUGCCCAAGGUUCUCUCUCUGCACGCUGGACAAGCUAGAGGAGCUGUAGACUUUGCAAAUGUCCAGUGAGCAAAUUACCAGUUUAAGCUAUACCUAAGCUAAAGAAACAGGGUGUAUGAAGGGUAAAGUGCAAAAAUCCAUGGUUGUUGAAGAGACACAUAUCUGAAACAUUGCUGUGAAGGUCCAUCUCACGCUUCUGCUUGACGUUAACCCAAAUGACUCAGCCAAUUUAUAUCAGUUGGCCUAGUCACAACAAUAAAGGCACCAUCUUAUAGUAUCUUUACAGGUUAAUGCAUAAUGUUUGCAGACAUUAACCACAAAACCCUCCAAAUACUAGUUCCAAGAAGCUAUAUUGCACUAUAAGAAACUGUAAGCACCAUACCUACAGAAACCUGAGGGAAAAAGAAAAAAGAAUAAAACAAACCCAAGGAACAAUUUUGCCACUUACUACCUCCCCAUAAACAAGCACAACCACCCCCACAAAUCCCUAAGUACCACCAAACAAUGAUUUCCCACAAUAGAAACACCAGAGGAUUUUGCUACCAAGUGUACCAAAGAGAGUAUCUCUUUAGCAUUGUCUGCACAAGGAAAAAGGGGAAAUGUAUCUAUAAGUCCUUUCUCUAUUUUUUCAGACCUCACAAUCAGCCAUGCGUAUGAAAAUAGAGCAAAUAAAUUUUCUAGGUGGAAAAUUCUCACCCCUGACCCCACUUCUUUUCAUUGGUAAGAAAUCAAAGAUGUUUUUCUUAUGCUAUUACUACAGCUCACAGCCUUGUCCUUGGUUUGCUGUGGAGCAUGUCUUCCUCGGUGGCAUGUUGUUACUCCAUAGGCCUGGAGUGGUCUUUAACAGUGACCAACAUCACUGAAAAACACUCAUGAAACUAAGCAAAAUGGACAGUACGCAUAUUUAGAA